UUCAAAACGAUGCAUUGAUAUUGUCAAGUCACGUGGAUACCAUCACCAUCAAUCAUCAACACGAUUUAAUGUUCCAAAAAGAAUUUAUACAACAUAAAUCAUGAAUUCCGAAACGAAUCGUACCCGUACGGUUUUAGUACAAUUUAAAACCGAUAACGAUGAAACAAUUGGUGCACCAUUCGAUGUUCCUAUUGAUAUUAGUGCAGAUAAAUUACAAUUAAUUUGUGAUACAUUUCAACAGACCGAAGAAUCAUUUCGACAACCAUAUUUAUUCUUUAUACAGGAUACUGAAAUCAAAACAACACUUGCCGAUUGUAUUGAUCAAUUUGAUGGUGAUCAAAUUCAGCUUGAAAAAUGUGUAGAAAUUGUUUGUGCAGCACAAGCUUUAUUUCAUGUUGAAUCUGUAACACGAUGUUCCAGUUCAUUGGCUGGCCAUUCCGAUGCCAUUGUAUCGGUUGCAUUUAGUCCAGAUGGUAGUUCAUUAGCCACCGGUUCUGGUGAUACUACCGUACGAUUUUGGGAUGUAUUGACCGAAACACCAUUUCGCCAAUGUCAAUCACAUAAACAUUGGGUAUUGGCUAUUGCAUGGUCACCAGAUUGUGUACGUCUUGCAUCUGCUGAUAAAAUUGGUGCCAUUUAUGUUUGGAAUACUAAAACCGGUGAACAAAUCGGUGGAUGUUUACGUGGCCAUAAACAAUGGAUCAAUGGAUUAGCAUGGGAACCAUGUCAUUCGAAUAUUGAAUGUCGACGUCUAGCAAGUGCAUCAAAAGAUACAUCAAUUCGAAUCUGGGAUGUUAUUCUUGGCCAAUGUCUUUAUACGCUUAGUGGUCAUACACAAAGUGUUUCAUCAAUUAAAUGGGGUGGUACUGGACUUAUCUACAGUGGAUCACAUGAUCGUACGAUUAAAGUUUGGAAAGCUGAAAAUGGUAUUCUAUGUCGUACAUUGAGUGGACAUGGACAUUGGGUCAAUACAUUGGCAUUAUCCACUGAAUAUAUCAUGAGAAUUGGAUUUUAUGAUCCAACUAAUCAACAAAAACUGAAUGCAUCAUCAUCACAAGAAUUACAAGAAAAAAUUCAAAAACGUUAUGAACAAAUACGAUUACAGCAUGAACGUUUAGUUUCUGGUUCAGAUGAUUUUACAUUAUUUCUUUGGAAUCCUGAAACAGGAAAAAAACCAAUUUGUCGUAUGACUGGUCAUCAACAAUUAAUCAAUGAUGUAAAAUUCUCACCAGAUGGUCGUCUUAUUGCAAGUGCAUCAUUUGAUAAAUCAAUUAAAUUAUGGAAUGGUUUCACGGGAAAAUUUCUAACAUCAUUACGUGGCCAUGUACAAGCUGUUUAUCAAAUUGCAUGGUCAGCUGAUAAUCGAUUAUUAGCCAGUGGUAGUGCUGAUUCAACAUUAAAAAUAUGGAAUAUCAAACAAGCUAAAUUAUUACAUGAUCUACCUGGUCAUUCUGAUGAAGUAUUUGCAUUGGAUUGGAGUCCAGAUGGUUUGCGUGUUGCAAGCGGUGGUAAAGAUCGUAUACUAAAAAUAUGGCGAAGAUGAAAUAAAUCAAUUUAUCAAAGAAUUUU